AGGUAAACCGAAACAAAACGAUCUCUGGUCCAAAAUAACCGGCUGGGAUUGGUGAGAGAGGGUCGGUUGGAGUGGUGGAAGCCGGUAUGUAACAUGCACGAAGCACAAAACAAAAUAAAAAAAGCCCUAUAUAGAUCUGCGACCCCGUAUGACCAGACCGGUAACAUCACCAGAUAUAUUCGUCCCUGUGCCCCCCCAUCAACCUGCCUUGAGAUUCUUCUUCUCUUUUUCUUUUUUCUUUCAUCAUGUCCGAGCAGACCAACAAUCCUUCCUCCAACCCUUCUACCCCUCAACAAGAGAACACUCCCGGCUCCCCCCAGCCCCAGGAGGAAGACCAGUCCGAGCAGCAGCAGCAACAACAACAACCUGACCAGCCCAAGGAAGAAGACAACAACGAAUCGGAGCAAAAGCCCGACGAAGAGAAGGAAGACGACAAGGAUAAGGAUCAAGAUCAAUCCCAAGAACAAGAACAAGAACAAGAUCAAGAUCAAGAUCAACCCCAAGACCAAGAUAGACCCGAGGAGAAGUCCCAAGAACCCGAGUUAAAGCAAGAGGCAGACGAAGCACAAGAACAAGAAGAAGCCGAGCCUCAACCCAAGAAAGAAGAAGAAGAAGUCAAGAAAGAAGAGCCCGAAUCCGACGCUCCUCAACCCAAGCAAGAACCCCAAUCCGAAGCCGACAGCAAACCCAAGAAGGACCCGCAGCAGCGCAAACGCCGUUCGCGUCCUCCCCAGAAACUUCACAAGCAAGAAGAAUCCGACACGGAAUCUAUUCCGCGAAACAACAUGGACAACGGAGCCGUUGAGAAGCCCCGCCGCCAGCGCCGCCAGCGCACCCAGCAGCAGCAGCAAGGCGGCCAGGAUGGCGGCCUGGGCGGCCUCCCCGGGGUCGGGCAGGCGGGCGAUCUCGUCCAGAACACGGCGGGACAAGCCCUCGGCGGAGUCACCGGCGGAGCGGGCAAGACCGUCGGCGGCCUCCUCGGCGGCGGCGGCAAGCAGGACGAAGGCGAUGGCAAGGACGAACAGUUGCGACUGCGUCUGGAUCUGAACCUGGAUAUCGAGGUCCAAUUGAAGGCCAAGAUCCACGGUGAUCUGACUCUGGGCUUGUUUAGCUAACCACGUCCGAAAAUCACCGUAGGAACUAAAACAACGAACACCCUUUUUCGAUUCGAAUUCCGCCCUCCCUUCCCCCUUGCCCCCAUCUCUUCACUGACUUGACACCCUUCCGUUUCUAUUCUUUUCUUCCUAUCGGUUUUUGUUCAUUCUCCUGCAGAAUGG